ACAACUUGAAUUGCACCUUGUUCGUUGGUGCAUAGAUUUAAGGGGAGUGUUUUCAAUUGUGCAAAUUCUGAGAUAUCCAUCAUUCCAUCGGGUCCUAAGCCAUAUAUCCAUAUGGUGAAAUUGACUGCGAUAAUUAUCAUAGGUUUUCGUAGUCAGUUUAUUUAGUCCUGAAUUGGUGGAAAACUUUAACAAAUAACCUUCACCUUGGAUUGCUGCUACAUUUCCGGAAUUACUUUUACCCACGAGGAUAUUUUUCAGAACAUCGUCAUGCUAGAUUUCCCCGUAAUUUUUCUUCUUUUUGCUCAUGAUGGAAUAAAGAUUGCUGAUACGGUCAAAAAAGGUUUAGAAAAAAACGAAAUUACGGUGCAUAGCGUUGAUAUUUCGCAAAUCAGUGAAGCGUUUACUUCGUCUGCACUGGUACUAUUUUUGACCCCGGGGAUGUUAUCUGUGUUGAAAUCAGCACAUGCACCCGAUCUGAACAGUGUAUAUAACAAAAGCAGCACUUGUGCUUUGUUCUUUCAUGAGACAAUCAACUUCACUGGAGAUUCGGUCCAACAACUGUUAAAACAAAAAAUUCCUUCAUUUAAAAAAUGGAGCUGCUUUCCUACAGGAAAUAGAGUUUUAACAAUCAUUUUAAAAAUCAUAGAACUCCUUGAUGCAGUUGAGGAGGGACCAUAUCAAGAUGUUCCAGGUCUUGAGUCUGAAUGCCAGCUUUAUCCAGAGAGUGUGUGGAAGGACAAGCAGACUGUGUUCAUAUCCUUUAACUCCGAGAGAACACUUGAGGACAAGGUGACGGUUGACGUAGAUCAAACCUUGUUUGAGGCCACCUGGGUUAACCCGUACACCUAUAUGUUUAAGUACAAUCAUGGCUGCAAUACAAAUGGUGAACGCUUGGUAACAGUUUUUGUAAAUGGAGAUUGCGUAGGCACCGCAAAAAUGUUCGUUAAGGACAGGAGUCAAAUACUAUUAGAAGAAAUCAACGACUCAGCUUCGCCGCUUCAUUUCUUACAGGACAUUGUACAAUCUAUUAAAGACACAAAGAGCGAAUCAUCUAAUGCGAGCAUAGAUGUCAAACUACUGGAUGGCACCAAGCAGUUAUUAAAAAAGUUGGCUGAAUUAUCUGGCUUUUCAAUGGUUGUUGAGUCAGAUAGUUCCUACAGACAGAACAUAGAGUCUCAAGAGGAAUCAAGCUUGGAAGAAAAUCUUUGUUAUAAUACCGAGUCCGAAGUCCGACGAUCCAACAGUCAGAAUAUCCGGAAAAGAAGAGAAGAGUCAGUACCAGACUGUUCAAGAGAAGACGCCAAUGUUCCUUGUAUAUCUACUGAGCUUCAAAGCAAACGGAUUUCGAAAGCUCUACAGAACUUGAGUGCAGAAGAAGACUUGCCUCUCAUUAAGGUGAAUCCUGAUUUGAUGAGAUCAUUGCCUGCUGACUUUUUUGAAUCAGUACUAGAGUCCAACAGUGUAUGUUAAAUGAUUAACAAUUAAUCUGGUAUAUGCUGCUGUAUUCUUGUUCAUGUGAAAAUUGUCUUUUUUUGGAUGAUACUGUACCUUAUUUACAUUUGUGUCAUACUUAAUUGAUUUGUUCACAUUGGUACAUGUAUACAUGUAUAUCUAGGAAGUAAUACUAGUAUUCCCAAACAUCAUUGAAGUAAGACAACUAUCUCAAUAAAUACGCUUUUUCAAAUUUCAGGCAAGCAGUAACAAAUCGAUAGGGAUAUUUAUAUCUGAAACAUUCAUUUUUUCCUCAGAUUUCACCAAAAGUUGUUUCUUUCGAGGAAUCCAAGCUUAAGGUUGCUUCUGUCAGUACAAUAAACUCGAAUCGAUUUAAAAGAUCUAGAACAACUAUACAUGUACAUUGUCCUAGCAAAAUCAAUAGCUAUUGAACUGUAAAACUUGGAUUAAUUUUAAUAGUGCGCAAAACUAACUAGCUAAGUUUUAUGAACAUAUCUGCUAUGUUCUAAUGUGAAAUAUAAAAUUACCAGACUAGCAAUGUGACAUUGGUUGUCUAUGAAAAAUCCAUACAUGUUAUAUGAUAGAUGUGAGUUAAUUAGUUUGUAUGUUAUCUUUAAAUGUUUAAGAGUGUUCACGAAGACUUUGUUCACAAAACAAUGUAAAAUAAUACAAU